AUGACAGUCGAAGUGUGCACAACUGCUGGGUGGUAUUUGCCUGCUAAUGUGAAGUCGAAAACGGCCUGGUGUCUUUCGAGAUGCGAAGUGCGAACCCAAAUUACUUUCCAUUACCACCGCCUACCAUUUCAUACGUACCUGUACCUUGGACCAAGGCCUUGGAGUUACCGGUAA